AUGUCAAAGCUUCUCAAAAAGACAUGGAAGCGUGUCUCCAUGCUAGGCAGCGUUGAGAAUGGCCCUGUUUAUCCGCUAUCCGCACCGGAAGUUCCCAAUGACCUCGGUCAAAACAGCAACGGCCCAAGGCGUACCAACAUCUCCGCAGUUGCGCCAGGAGGCUUCGAAAGCGAGCGUCCAGAGGAAGAGGAACAGUCAAAGGAGCCCAUAACGAUUGCGGUCAUUGGGGCGGGACAGCGGGGACAGACAUUUGGAUACUACGCAAGAACGCACCCCAAGAAAUGUAAAGUUGUCGCCGUAGCUGAGCCUAGACUGGAAACAAGGACAGAGUUUGCUAUAAAACAUCAAAUUCCGGACAAGCACGCAUUCACAUCACAUAGCGAGCUUCUGGCUGUAUCUGACGUGCUGGUGGCGGACGGCAAACCCCGAAUAGCUCAGGCGGUGAUCAUUUGUGUCCAAGACAAGAUGCAUGCCGAACUGAGCAUUCAGUUUGCGCGACGGGGAUUCCACGUGCUUUGUGAGAAGCCGUUAGGCGUCAAUAUCAAUGAAUGCCUACAAGUCACGGAAGAAGUCGAGAAAGCCAACGUUGUCUUUGCACUUGGCCAUAACUUUCCCUACUCACCAUACGCCGCCUCUCUGACAGAAUUAAUUCAUUCUGGAGCACUUGGACGGCUUUUACAUAUCGUGCACAUUGAACCAGUGGGAUACUAUCACUUUGCGCACUCGUAUGUACGAGGAAACUGGCAAUCAGAGCAUACGUCUGCACCUAUUGUUCUCACGAAAUCCUCACACGAUCUCGAUAUAUUCUGUCGAUGGUUCUAUCCAUUGGUGCCCAAACAUGUCUCCAGUUUCGGCGGUCUCAGCCACUUUCGACGCGAGCGAAAACCAUCAGCUGCUCGGGGUGUGAUGCGAUGUCUCGAGUGUCCAUCCAGUGUCGAGCAGCGGUGCGAAUACAGCGCAAAGAGAAUCUAUCUAUCCCCAAUCCAAGGCGGGUCUGUCGGCUGGCCUGGAAACACCAUCGUCGACGGACGACCGACGGUCGAAAAGAUGACUCGAGCUCUAGAGGAAACACCAUACGGACUUUGCGUGUACGAGUCGGACAACGACGUACCAGACCAUCAAACCAUUUCAAUUCAAUUCACCGCACCUACAGACGACAAUGACCUUGUGCAAAAGGAUAGGAGUAGGAGCAACUUUCGAAGGCUAUAUGCAGAGUCGCCCGAGCGUUCAGCCAGUCAAAGUCGUGAACGUUCUCAUGCGCGCCAACCGCACCGUCAAUCGUCGACAUCACUACAGCACCCACCACAUAAUCGUGCGGCCACCCCACAUUAUCGCUCGCAGAGUCACAGCCAAGUCCGUAGGACAAACCUAGAAAGCGAGCCUCCUCGACCACGUAGAACAGAAGACUUGCCGCCGACAAAUCCGACGAUUUCGUUUACCAUUGCGGCGCAUACGGAUUCGAUAUGUAUGCGCAAGACGACACUGUACUUUGAGCACGGAGAGGUGAUUGGGGAUAUGUCGACGUAUACCGUUACCGAUUUCCGGGACUUUGGACGACAUGCCCGGCGUGUUAUUCCACCACCUGGACUUGGUGGAGGUCAUGGCGGUGGUGAUUGGGCUCUGAUGGAAGCGUGGUUGCGAGCGAUUGAGCUGCGCGAGAGUGGCACUCCAGAGGGCCCCGGCCCCGAAGGACCAAGCCCCUUAGGUGUCGGUGCCUCUGUGAGGGAUCAACUCCGAGUGUUCAUGACAGGGUUUGCUAUUGAAGAGGCAAGGAAGGAGCUCAAAGUGGUCGAUUGUGCCGAGUUUGAAUCUAGGAUGACGCGACGGUAUGCGAGACGUGACGACGAGCAAGAGUCGCAGAUUGCAGAGGUUGCGAUUGAAUACGAUCCAGAAUUGCCUUCCGAGCACUAG